AGGUUUCUGACCAUAGAGAAUGUCCCACACUUUUGGGCACAACAUGGAAUCUCCUAAUCAUACUGACGUCGACCCUUCUGUCUUCUUCCUCCUGGGCAUCCCAGGUCUGGAACAAUUUCACCUGUGGCUCUCACUCCCCGUAUGCUGCUUAGGCACAGCCACAAUUGUGGGCAACAUAACUAUCCUAGUUGUUGUUGCCACUGAACCAGUCUUGCACAAGCCUGUGUAUCUUUUUCUGUGCAUGCUCUCAACCAUAGACUUGGCUGCUUCUGUCUCCACCGUUCCCAAGCUACUGGCCAUCCUCUGGUGUGGAGCCGGACAUAUAUCUGCCUCUGGCUGCCUGGCACAGAUGUUCUUCAUUCAUGCCUUCUGCAUGAUGGAGUCCACUGUGCUGCUGGCCAUGGCCUUUGAUCGUUACGUGGCCAUCUGCCACCCACUCCGCUAUGCCACAAUCCUCACUGACACCAUCAUUGCCCGCAUAGGGGUGGUAGCUGUGGCGCGAGGGUCCCUGCUCAUGCUCCCAUGUCCUUUUCUCAUUGGGCGUUUAAACUUCUGCCAAAGCCAUGUGAUCCCACACACAUACUGUGAGCACAUGGCUGUGGUGAAGCUGGCCUGUGGAGACACCAGGCCUAACUGUGUGUAUGGGCUGACAGCUGCACUGUUGGUCAUUGGGGUGGACUUGUUCUGCAUUGGUCUUUCCUAUUCCCUCAUUGCACAAGCAGUUUGUCGCCUCUCAUCCCAUGAAGCUCGGUCCAAGGCCCUAGGGACCUGUGGUUCCCAUGUGUGUGUCAUCCUCAUCUCUUACACACCAGCCCUCUUCUCCUUUUUUACACACCGCUUUGGCCAUCAUGUUCCACUCCAUAUUCACAUUCUUUUGGCAAAUGUUUAUCUGCUUUUCCCACCUGCUCUUAACCCUGUGGUAUAUGGAGUUAAGACCAAAGAGAUCCGUGAAAGAGUUAUCAGGGUGUUUCAAAGUGGGCAGGGAACCAGCAUCAAGGCAUCUGAGUGACCCUGGAGUAUAGAAGGGACUUAAUCCAAAAUAAAAGAAACUUUUUAAGAUAAAGAAUCCUCAGUAUGUGAGACCAGAAAGAGCUUUUAAGAGGG